AGUGGAUUGUUUUUUUGCAUUGUGCAGUCAAGUGUGCAGUUUUUACAUCUUUUUGCGAAUGUGUUGCGAAACAAAGCAAUUUCAUCGUCUAAUAAUGGCAGUAGCACACAGAAGAACAUCAGUAUUCCUAAAGUAGAGAAAACAGGACCAAAGCUAACAAAUGGUCGUUUUUGUUUUUUCUGAUAUAACUACAACCAGAGCGUAUGUUUUUAAUUUAUAUUAAUACAGAAGAGGUUCCCAAAGAAACAAUUUCUUCGUUUACAUAAUUCGAUGUAACUGUUUAAUGAAAGUAUGACAGUUACCUUCGCUCUAAGUGUAAACCAAUUUCGAGCUAAACUGGUUUCAUUGGGUGAAAUAAAGUUCGAGGAAAACAAGGAUGAUAAUAAUGUUACCAUUGAACUCGGAACAACACUUCAGGUUGAGGAAUCGAUAUCUGGAAAAUUGGCAUUGGUACGCAUUAAGAACUAUUACAAUCCCGAAGAUAAAACGUACGAAAACCACCUGUUUCAAUGUCCCGUGUCCUCUUUACUGUGCGUUUCAAACCAAGCCUGGCCUUUCGUAAUUGCUAUCAUGGAUCCACAGGAACGAGUUGAUUUUGCAGGGCAGCCGAAGCGCGUAGCUAUGCUUGAGCACCUUUCAAAUGAUUUUAUAGUUAAGGUUUCUGGGCGUGCCUUUGGACGGAUGACAGAUGUAUAUGACUGCAUUAUACGAGCUAUUGGACCAGUUCCCGAAAUAGGACCAGGCUACUACUUGUGCAUGGAAUUACUGAAUUUGAACCAUGGUGAAUCUCCGCAAAAAGACAACAUUCCCUAUAUACAGAGGUAUGUAAGCACACCACCACACCUGGCCUUAAUUUUGGCUGCAAACUGGCUUAUUGUUAAUGACACUGAAUUUUCCACUACAUCAAAACAUUCCAAAAAGAACAUAAUCGAAGAUUUGAUCUGCGGUGCGAAAGACCAAAUAAAUUUACGAUUCAAUAAAAGUGGAAGCAAACGUAAUACCCAACAAUCAAAGACAUCCAACAGCUCUAAGGACGAUUGCUUGACGCGGUCUUUUACACCAGAACCAGUUAAUCGAUUAAAUUACCCGUCGCACACCGAGCGGGACUUCGUGGAAACAAGUCAGCGUAAGCGAAUGGCAGCCUCAAUUUCGAGUCCAAACCUAUCAAAACAGGAUAGUAGCAGCAGUACCGGUAGUUCCAGUCGUGUAAAUUACAGUCAUCCAACUGGAACAAUGAACGAAGAACUACGAAUUGGCGAUACCUUGACAGAGGACAGUUAUCGCUCGAGUAGAAACUCUCAAAACAGCUUGAACAAUAGUACAUUAAAACAUAUGAAAAAUCGUAACAAAUCCUCUAAACCAAGUACCAUUCUUAGUUUGGAAGAUCGCGAUAUAGUUGUAAUAGACAAGGCAGACAUAAAAGAAGCGACCAUUGGCGAAAGUGCUGUGAUAAUAGUGGAUCCACCGGCAAUAUUGCCAGAACAGGAACAUAAUGAAGUGGAUCUUAAGGACAUCUUGGGACAAGAUUGGCCAUCUUUGGCUGGUGGAGCGGCUGCUAUUCUAAAUAGCGAAAAGAAAACACCAACUGCUCCAAUCGGUGCGUUGGGCGCAGGAUACAGCAGUAGCAGCAGCAACAGCACCAGUAGCAAUCAGUAUCAUUCCAAAUUCGAGCGCAACAAAUCGCUGAAUCCAUUGAGUCACCUCGCAAAUUCAAAGCCAGAACUUAAUCGCCGAAAGGAGCCUAAAAUUAUGAUGGAUGCAGCGACAAUGGCAAAACCAAAUGAUGGAGCGAUUCCUGUUUAUGAUAAUAGCAACAAUAUACCUCACGCAGCCAGCUCAUCGUCUGCUUCAGACGCAUCUGAAGUAGUAACUUGCCAAUCAACUCUGAAAGAAGUUCCGGAUAAUCCCCUAUUGGAGUUAGGUUCCAUGGUCGAGAUAGAUCUGGAAAAAACUGAAUUAUACGGUGUCAUUCGUUGGAUUGGUCCGCUGCAUAGUCCCAGUGCAAGUAGCAGCAACACUCGUGUGAUGGUUGGUGUUGAACUGGAGGACGAACCGGACCAUGUAAACAUUGAGCUUUCUGAUGGGGUUUACAAUGGUAUCAGAUUAUUUAAAUGUCCUUCAAAUCGGGCAAUUUUCGUACAUCCCUCGCAAUGCAACCGGGACCGGCGUUUUCAAGAUUUUGGACCUACAUCACUGGCACCGCCCAAAGCUAUCGCUACCACGUCCCAACAGGAUAAUAAUAUGUUUGGUAAAGUUGAUUGUCCCGUAGUUCAAGGAUCAGUUGCUCCGUUGAAAAUACUUAAGACGGUAGAGUUAGAGGCUAUCUGCGGCAAAUUCAAAGGAAUUCAGGGUCAUCAUAAUUCGUGCUACUUGGAUGCUACCUUAUUUGCCAUGUUUACCUUUACUAGCGUGUUUGAUUCACUGUUGUUCCGACCUAAGGAACCUGAGGACAAUCCGCAAUAUGAAGAUGUUCAACGCGUGCUCCGAGAGGAGAUAGUGAACCCAUUACGAAAAAAUCAUUUUGUACGCGCGGAUCGUGUGAUGAAGUUGCGACAGCUGCUGGAUCAGCUUAGUUCGGUCACCGGACUAACUAGCGAGGAAAAGGAUCCGGAAGAAUUUCUUAACAGCUUGCUAGCCCAAAUAUUACGAGCGGAUCCAUUUUUGAAGUUAAGUUCCGGCUUGGACACCUUUUAUUAUCAGCUUUUUGUGGAAAAAGAUGAUCAAUUGAAGCUGCCAUCUGUACAGCAACUGUUCGAUCAGAGUUUUUUGACGUCGAACAUAAAAUUGAAAGAAGUUCCAUCUUGUUUGAUCAUCCAGAUGCCACGUUUUGGAAAGAAUUUUAAGAUGUAUCCUAGAAUACUACCUUCCCAGGUUCUAGAUGUUACCGAUAUCAUUGAAGAUUCACCACGUCAGUGUACUGUGUGUGGAAAAUUGGCUGAACACGAAUGCCGCGAAUGCUUUGGAAUGAUGCAAUGCGGUGUUGGAUUGGAAAGUACUGCAUUCUGUCGGGGAUGCCUUGAAACCGUUCAUAGUCAUGUGAAGCGACAAAAUCAUAAACCAAAUCCUCUGACAGUGCCUAAGGAUUUUAAAAUUAUGGCGGAUCAUUGUCCGGUCCCUCGUCUUUUCAUGGAACUAUUUGCCGUUGUGUGUAUCGAAACAUCACACUAUGUCGCAUUUGUUAAAGCUGCUUCCGGACAUGAUGCACCCUGGGUGUUUUUCGAUUCAAUGGCUGAUAGGAAAGGGGAACAAAAUGGCUAUAACAUUCCGGAAAUGAUUCCAGUUCCCGAUUUACCAAUUUGGCUUUCAGAGGAAGGUGCCCGUCAGCUCAACGAAGAAGCAAUCAAUGAUAAAAUGUUACCAGAACAUGCAAAACGUUUGCUUUGCGAUGCAUACAUGUGUAUGUACCAAAGCACUGACGUUAUGAUGUAUCGAUGAACAUCUCGACGUUUGUCAUUUACCUUAUCCAUGCAACAGUUUCCUUAUCCAUUUUGAAAUUAUUACCUCCUGGAAAUACAAAUCUAUAAACCCUAGUUGUACGAGUUUACAACACAAUGAUCGAUACACUAUCAUAAUUUUUUUGUAAUGAAACCCAAAUUCGAAACGUAUUUCUUUUUUGAAUAAACUUUCGUACUUGAAGUGUUGUUUUCGUAGAAUUGAAGGAGAGAAUACAAUAGAUAUAUAUUUACAUCAUGUUUGAGCUCUUCCAAAUACAAACAAAAAUUCAAUUUUCGAACGCAAUAGCAUAUGUGACAAAAGUUCAAAUAUAACGAAAACUAACAAUAGUUGAAAAAGAAAUAAAUUCUUCAACAUAUACCAAUAUCAAACCUAGCGAAAAAAAAACGAAGUUGUGUUCUUGCUUGUAGUUGACAUGCGAAUCAAAUCGCAGCUUUAUAUGUUCAUAACAGAAGGUAGAUGACUAGGCCGUGAUUCGUAUUGCGAAGAAUGACGAACUAAAACAAACUUGACCGUAGCUUUAAUUCAUACCAUUUCCUUGGGAACAAAUAAGAGAAAUUUAAUUGUGUUGAUUACUUGCAUCGAUUACAGAGGCUCCAAAGUAUUUAUGUCUUUACUAUUCGAACUAAACAUAUUGAAACCAAUUCACUGAUCCUUACAUUGUUUAAAAUUAUAUUAUAGUAUUAAAAAAAUCCUCGUCAUUUGUUUAAGUCAAAGGGCCUAAACGUUCGUGCAAAAUAUCAACCAACAGCAAUGAAGUUAUUUCUGAUCCAUCCUCAAGUCGAGUGAAAGUGAGAUCCAUAUAAUAAUAAUAAUAAUAAUUAUGAAUGGAAAGCCUCUUUCCAAUAACGACCAGAAAAAGGCAAAUAUAAUAUAAGCAAACAAUGCGAUAAGAAAUGUACCUCCUACUAUUAACCAAACUAAGGCUUUCGAACUGGUGUUGUUCAAUAAAGACAUACAUAUGAAGUUGUUAUAGCUUGCAGAGA